GCGUUGACCUUAACGUCGGGCUUUCCUGUAUCUUUGAAAAAAGUUUAAACAGCCAAUUCUGACACUCAGCAACACUCAACAAAGGCGAAGAGACAAAUGAAGCCAGUGGAGGACGGACACACUAUGGAUAAAUCAGAUGAGUUUGCAUGCAACUCCAGUGGUCUCCUGUCUGAAGAUCAGUUCCUGUGUUCUAUCUGUCUGGAUGUAUUAACUGAUCCAGUCUCCACUCCAUGUGGACACAACUUUUGUAAAACCUGCCUUACACAGUACUGGAACAACAGUCAACAUUAUCAAUGCCCAUUAUGUAAAGAGAUAUUCACCAAGAGACCUGAACUGAAGAUCAAUACAACACUGAGAGAGGUUGUGGACCACUUCAAGAAGAAAAGUGGUCUUACUAAGCCAGAGGUUCUUUGUGACGUCUGCGCUGGAGUUAAGCUGAAAGGCCUUAAAUCCUGCCUGGAUUGUGGUGUGACCUUCUGUAAGACCCAUUUAGAGCCGCAUACAGUUGGGAAACUUAAGAAACACAAACUAAUCAACCCAGUGAAGAACCUGGAAGACUACAUAUGCCAGAAACAUGAUAGACCCCUGGAGCUGUUCUGCAAAUAUGACGAGACAUGUGUGUGUCAUUUCUGCACUGAGACAGACCACAAGAAUCACGAUGCUGUUCCUAUAGAGGAGGAAAGUGCAGAGAAGAAGUCACAUCUAGCAGAGACACAGGCAGAGUUGCAGCAGUUGAUACAUAACAGACUGAAGAAAAUUGAAGAGAUCAAAAACUCAGUAGGGCACAGAAAAAAAAACACAGAGGAAGAAAUUGCAAACAGUGUUAAACUCUUCACUGCUCUAAUACGCUCCAUUGAGAGAAGCCAGGCUGAGCUGCUUAAGGUAAUGGAGGAGAAGCAGAAAGCAGCAGAGAAGCAGGCUGAUGACUUCAUUAAAGAGCUGGAGCAGGAAAUCACUAAGUUAAAGAGGAGAGACACUGAGCUGGAGCAGCUCUCCCACACUGAGGACCACCUCCACCUCCUACAGAUUUACCCAUCACUCUGCAAACCUCCACACACCAAGAACUGGACUGACAUCAGUAUAGACCCUUAUCUGAGUGUAGAUCCUGUGAGUAAUGUUCUGUCUGAACUUCAGAAGAGUCUGGAUGAAGAACUCUGUAAAACUCUUAAUGAAAAGUUAAAAGAAACAGUCUCCUCAGAACUGAAGAGGAUUCAGCAGUAUGCAGUGGAUGUGACUCUGGAUGCUGAUACAGCUCAUUCCAAUCUCAUUCUGUCUGAUGAUGGAAAACAAGUGACACAUGGAGACACAAGACAGAAUCUUCCAGAAAACCCAAAGAGAUUCACCUAUUAUGCUAUGAUCCUGGGAAAGGAGGGAUUCUCUUUGGGAAAAUUUUACUAUGAGGUGCAGGUCAGGGGGAAAACUAAGUGGGAACUAGGAGUGGCCAGAGAGUCCAUUAACAGGAAGGGGGAGGUUACAUUAAGGCCUGAAGAUGGAUUCUGGACUGUGGUUUUGAGGAAUGGGAAUAAGUAUAAAGCAUGUGCUGUUUCUUCAGUCUCCCUCUUUCUGAAAGAGAAGCCCCAAAAGGUGGGAGUGUUUGUGGAUUAUGAGGAGGGUCUGGUCUCCUUUUAUGAUGUGGAGUCCAGAUCUCAUAUCUACUCUUUCACUGGUCAGUCUUUCACUGAGAACCUCUAUCCAUACUUCAGCCCCUGUAAUAAUGACAAAGGUAAAAAUUCAGAUCCUCUGAUCAUAACACCUGUAUUUAAAGCUGCAUGAAUUUUCAGCUCAGACAAUUCAGAAUUUUGUGAAAUGUUAAGAAAUACAAGUGAAAAGGGAGAGAUUUAACAUUACCCCCCCCAUGACCCUGAGGGAGAAGCAGCUUAGAGAAUGUGUGUGUGUGUGUGUUAUUUUAUACACAAUAUUAAUUCAUUUUUACAUGUCAAUUGUCCAAACUUUCUUAAUUAGUAUUACACCGUUUUUACUGUUGUAUCUUUUGUGACUGUGGCAUUUAGUUUUUAGACUGGUUCCUACACUGUUGGCUCUACUGAACAUUGCCAGUUGGCAGUGAGAGACAAUACUCUGGCUAUUCAGCCUAGCAAAACAUUCCACAAGAAGAGAAAUGGAAGUGAUCAAAGCAGCAAACAAUACUCUCAAGAGGGCACUUCUAUGUACAUGUAUAUUACCUCUAUUCUGUUUGUACAUGCCAGGCUGAACAAUUUCAAAUCACACUGCUUUUCUACACCGCCACUGCAUAUAAUGUUAGUUUUGCUUGAGUGGGAUGGAUAUCGAUCAAACCUGCCUAUCAGAAUAUUGGUGCCGACAGUUUUCAGGCAGGUUUGAUCAGUGAAAUUAGCUGUUUUUUGGCCAGUGAUCUCUCUGUUUUAAAUGUUGCAGACACAUUUUGUUGGUGUUUUUCUGUGCUACAAAAUAUGAUAAACAAAUACUUGUUA